AUGAUUUUAAAAGUGUAUUUAUUUGUAAGUCUUUUUCUCACGCCAUCUGCUGUUAUUCGCGUGCUAAACGCCUCUAACGGUUCCGAGUGUACUGUCACCAUGUUCGGAGGGGACGUGAAUGCAUUCUGGGCAUGCACAACAGAACGCGCCUUACAGUCUAACUGGUGGCCGUCACCCAUCGCUGGAUUAUUCAGUUAUCAGGAGUGGAAUGGCUAUGACGGGUUUUGGCAAGACGGCGCACUGCUUGAAGCACUGGCGAAUUUCAAAUCCUACGCCAACAACACAAGAUACAUGUCUGUCCUGAAAAGCUCCUACAGAGAGAUCUACGAACUAAAGUUGGCCUAUGCCCCGUAUCCGUCCUUUGACGACAUGGCUUGGUAUGCGCUCAGUUACAUCAGGAUAUACGAGGUAACUGGCUGGCCAGAAUUUCUAGACGUAGCGCAGCAGAUAUUUGACUUCUGUUGGACCAGCGGCUGGGAUUCCAGCGGCAAUUGCGGUGGUGGCAUGUGGUUCGACAACAAUCGAAAUUCAAAACAGACCAUCACCAAUGUACAGAUGUUAGUUGUUGGCGCUAAACUGCAUCGUCUGACGAAAAGGAAUGACACCCAGCUUCUAGACAAAGUGAUGCUUGUGUGGAGGUAUAUACUGAAAAACGGACUGGUAGACACCAAAACCAUGCUCAUCAGUGACGGAGCACGGCAGAACUGCACGGCAGACGGCAAUUAUAACCCGACUUAUAACCAAGGCGUUUUCGUCGGCGCCCUGGUGGAGUUAUGGAAACUGUUGAGAGAUCCUCAGUAUCUAAGCAUGGCCAAUGCAGUGGCUAAUGCAACGAUAACUCUAAAAUCAGUGAAUGGUACGUUGACAGAAUGGUGUGAUUUUCAAGUGUGCAAUGAUGACACCAAGAUGUACAAAGGGAUCUUCACUAGGAAUCUGAGGUAUCUGAUGGACGCGCCAGGCAUGGUUGGAACCACAGCAAGAGAACAGUACUCUCAAUGGCUGAAUCAUAACAUUCUGUCUGUUUUAGAGAAUAAUAUAUGCUAUCCCCGCGGAGUGCCAAAGACGUGUCAUGUAGUUUACAAGGACGGACCGCCUUUCAACAACUGCACUGGCCCGGUGUUCAGCGAGAAUUGGCACGGUCCGUACAACUACACGGCGCCUAUGCAGCAGACUUCCGUGUUGGAGUUAUUCACUGCUAACAUUAAACUGGGAACGCUAUGUAAGGGGGAUGCUUGUGCCUAUGACCCACCGACGCCUGCGCCCCACCCUUUAACGUGCAAGGACGACCCGUGUCCGCCCGGACAAGAUUGCUGCAGUUAUGGUGGUUCAUACACCUGCUGUGACUCGGACCAACAAUGUAAAAACCACGUGUGUGUAUAG